UGCGCAGCCAGCGGGGCGAGAGGUCGCUCCCCGCCCUGCUCAGUGUUGACAGUAUCGGGCUUACGGCACCGUUGUCCCGGUGCGAGGCGGCUGCCGGCGGUCCACUGCGUGGGGAACCCCGGGGCUGACUGGUCCGGGCCCCCCGCACCCCGAUGGGCCUGGCGGAGCCGGCGCCAUGGCCGCCCUGUACCAGAGCGCGGACCCGUCCGCCUCGGCCUCCCCCAACAAGCUGCUGGCGCUGAAGGACGUGAGGCAGGUGAAGGAGGAGACCACCCUGGACGAGAAGCUCUUCCUGCUGGCCUGCGACAAAGGUGACUAUUACAUGGUUAAGAAACUCUUGGAGCAGAACAGCUCAGGUGACAUGAAUAUAAAUUGUGUGGAUGUGCUUGGGAGAAAUGCUAUAACCAUUACCAUUGAAAAUGAAAACUUGGACAUAUUACAGCUUCUUUUGGAUUAUGGCUGUCAGUCAACAGAUGCACUUUUGGUGGCGAUUGACUCAGAAGUGGUGGGAGCUGUUGAUAUAUUACUUAAUCAUCGACCAAAACGAUCCUCAAGACCAACUAUUGUAAAACUUAUGGAGCGUAUUCAGAACCCAGAGUACUCAACGACUAUGGAUGUAGCACCUGUCAUUCUAGCUGCUCAUCGUAACAACUAUGAGAUCCUUACUAUGCUGUUAAAACAGGAUAUAUCUCUACCCAAACCUCACGCUGUUGGCUGUGAAUGCACCUUGUGCACGGCAAAGAACAAAAAAGAUAGCCUACGGCACUCCAGAUUUCGUCUUGACAUCUAUCGUUGUUUGGCCAGUCCUGCCUUAAUAAUGUUGACAGAGGAGGAUCCAAUCCUGAGAGCUUUUGAACUUAGUGCAGACUUAAAAGAGCUAAGUCUUGUCGAAGUUGAAUUCAGAAAUGAUUAUGAGGAACUAGCCCAGCAAUGCAAAACCUUUGCUAAAGAUUUACUUGCACAGGCACGGAACUCACGGGAGCUGGAAGUUAUCCUAAACCAUACAGCUAGUGAUGAGCAUGUGGACAAACGAGGAUUGUUAGAAGAGAGGAUGAAUUUGAGUCGCCUAAAACUUGCUAUCAAGUAUAACCAAAAGGAGUUUGUUGCCCAGUCUAACUGCCAGCAGUUUCUCAACACUGUGUGGUUUGGACAAAUGGCAGGCUACCGACGCAAGCACACGUGUAAGAAGAUUUUGACUGUUUUGACAGUUGGCAUCUUUUGGCCAGUUCUGUCUCUCUGUUACUUAUUAGCCCCUAAAUCUCGAGUAGGUCGAAUAAUUCACACUCCUUUUAUGAAGUUUAUUAUUCAUGGAGCUUCAUAUUUCACAUUCCUGCUGUUACUUAACUUGUAUUCACUGGUCUACAAUGAGGAUAAGAAGAAUACAAUGGGGCCAGCACUUGAGAGAAUAGACUAUCUUCUGAUAAUAUGGCUUAUUGGAAUGGUGUGGUCAGAUGUCAAAAGACUUUGGUAUGAAGGCCUGGAAGACUUUUUAGAAGAAUCUCGUAAUCAGCUUAGUUUUGUCAUGAAUUCCCUCUAUUUGGCAACUUUUGCUCUCAAAGUAGUUGCUCAUAACAAGUUCCAUGAUUUUGCUGAUAGAAAGGACUGGGACGCAUUCCAUCCUACACUGGUGGCAGAAGGUCUCUUUGCUUUUGCUAAUGUUCUUAGUUACCUUAGACUCUUCUUCAUGUAUACAACCAGUUCUAUCCUAGGACCACUUCAGAUUUCAAUGGGGCAGAUGUUGCAAGACUUUGGAAAAUUCCUAGGGAUGUUCCUUCUUGUCUUGUUCUCAUUCACAAUUGGAUUGACCCAACUGUAUGACAAAGGAUUUACUGUAAAUGAAGAGAAGGACUGUGCAGGGAUCUUCUGUGAACAGCAAAGCAAUGACACAUUCCAUUCGUUUAUUGGCACCUGCUUUGCUCUGUUCUGGUACAUAUUCUCCCUAGCACAUGUAGCAGUCUUUGUCACUAGAUUUAGCUACGGUGAAGAAUUGCAGUCUUUUGUGGGCGCUGUUAUUGUUGGUACCUACAACGUAGUGGUUGUGAUUGUCCUUACCAAGCUCUUAGUGGCAAUGCUUCAUAAAAGCUUUCAGCUGAUAGCAAAUCAUGAAGACAAAGAAUGGAAAUUUGCACGUGCCAAGCUUUGGCUUAGCUACUUUGAUGAUAAAUGCACACUACCUCCACCUUUCAAUGUCAUUCCCUCUCCCAAGACUAUCUGCUAUCUCUUCAACAGCCUUAGUAAAUGGAUCGGCUCUCAUACUUCAACUGGCAAAGUCAAACGUCAGAAUAGCCUAAAGGAAUGGAGAAAUCUGAAGCAAAAGAGGGAUGAGAAUUACCAAAAGGUGAUGUGUUGUUUAGUCCAUCGUUACUUAACCUCCAUGAGACAAAAGAUGCAAAGCAUGGAUCAAGCAACUGUGGAAAAUCUCAAUGAACUGCGGCAAGAUCUAUCAAAAUUCCGAAAUGAAAUGAGGGAUCUGCUUGGCUUUCGGACAUCUAAAUAUGCUAUGUUUUAUCCAAGAAACUAAGGUCCAGAUUUUAAAAGGAACAUGUCUAAUUUUAGGUAUUCACAGUUGAAAGUGUUGGCCUAAGUUUGUUGCCAGACCAAACAGAAAAGCAAAUUUUUUGCACAACCUUACAUUUGAAAAUGUAUUUGCAUGAGUUUCAGCUAAGUUCAAAAGAUGUGGAAAUGAAUGCAAAAACUGUCAUUCUUUUAAGCUCUUUAAGUGUGUAAUGUACAGUAUGUAAAAUAUGUAUAUAGCAUUUUACAAUAAAUGUUCCCCAAAAUAUGGAUUUUGACAGGUCACAUUAGCUGUCGGGCUUCAUGUCAUCAUAGCUGGCAUGUUGCAUUUAUUUCCCCUAUAUUUGCUGUUAUGUCCCUCUUGGUUACUGUUUUUUCAAGUUGUGGGAAAAGAUGGAAAUCUUAACAAUACUUAAAAAUAUACCUGGUACUUUCGUAAUAGAAAUUUAACCAGUAUAUGAUUUAAAGUAGGUUGCAAAAGACUCCAUGACUCUGAAAAUGGUUUUGUACAUGAUGCUGUUGACUGAAUAUUAACAACUGUAAAACAUUGGGAAAUGAAAUUUGUGAUUUGUUCCCUGAAAAUUGCAGGGUACUGUGGAUGCUGAACUCUGGACAUAGAGCCAAAGUAAGCUACCCAUCUCCAGAACUUUCAUGGAUCCAUUUAAAAUAGUUAUGUCCUCUCAAAAACAUAUUAAGAUUUUUCAGGUAGCACCCUGUGUGUACAUUUGCAAUAUGCAACUCUUGGGAUUUGGGAAUUUUUUUUAAAAUUAGCCUCUUAAUUUUGAAUAGUGUUCAGAAAACCUUGUGUAUCUGGAUUACACACAGUUGUUCUUUGGCAUAGGAAAACAUAUUUUUUAACAAGAAUUAGAUAUCGGUCUAGAGCAUGAAUGUUACUUGUUUGCCAGGCUAAAUAUUUCUGGUCCAUUAAAACAAAUGGAAAUACUGUACAAUUAUUUCUAUGUAAGAACAUACACUAUGCCUGGACAUUGGAAGAUGUGCAUUCAGAAGGCUCUCUUUUAGAGUAUGUAUACACCACAGCUGUGAAUGUGUUUUCCAGCACAAUAGUACUCCUGGGCGAAUUCUGCGCCAAAAAAGUAUUAAAAAUUCUGCAACAAAAAAUUUUAAAUGUUGCGCACGUUUUAAAA